ACUAAUUCGAUCUAUAGGUGUCUUUCUAUUUUAUUGGUUUUGCUUAAAUUCUUGAUAGAAUAAUGCUAUGAAAGAUAUAAAAAAUAAAUUCAAAAUAAAAACAAAAAAAAAUAAAAUAACAAAAAAAACAUGAAAAUAAAAUUCCUGAUAUUGCUUACUUUCUGCUUGUUUGGCUUAUGUUUCUCAUAAGAAGAAAAUAACUAAAUAGAAGAAGAUUAAGAUCCUUUUGAAGGAUAUGAAGAAAUACCUAUCUUGACAGAUGAAGAAUAUGAAUAACUGGAAGCUGAAAGAGUCACAAAUCAUUAAAAAGUAUAAGAUAUUUUAGAAAGAGAAAAGACUAAUGGUGGAUAAUGUUUUCUUGAUGCAAUAGAUGAGUUAAAUAAAUAUGCAGAAUAAUAUUAUCCAGAUAAUUAUGAAUAUUAACUUUUUUGCUUCAUUUUAACAUGUGGUGAUGAGGAUGUUCCCUCAGCUGAAUAAUUUUCUUCAUGCAUAAAGUCAACUUGCGAUUUUUAAUAUGACGCUCUUACAGAAUAUUACUAAGAGCUAAAUGGAAAUAUUUAAAAUUGUUUAUCGUCUUAGCGCAAGCCAAAACAGGCAGAAAAAAAAAAUACAGAAGGACAAAAAACCUCUAAUUCUGAUAAUUAAGAAACAAUCGAUAGUGAAUAAGACAAUAAUGAUUAAAAAUCAUCUGCAUACUUGAUUUCUUUAGUAUUACUUGGAUUAAACUUAAUAUUAAUUUGA